GGCUAGUGCUGCGUAGCAGAUCAGUUGCGGAGAAAGAGUAGAGAGGAAACAAUUCGGCCAGUGCGCGGCAGCGGACAAGCAAAAGUCAGUGGCCUUUCCGAGUUUUAUCCUUUCUAUCACGAUGGGACAGGACGAGGACGAUGCUGCUUUCUGCGAAAAGAUUAUCAACGAGAUCGAUGCCGUGUUCGUUCGCGAUCCGGAACUAAUCGGAUUCGAGAUUAUACCGAUGCCGCUAAACCAAAAUAAGUCGCCCGUAAUUCACGUCGAGCACAAUCUGGGGCUGCAAUCGUGGUGCGUCGAGUUCAUCUACGCCUAUGCGCACCGAUUGAUCCUACGGUAUCGCACCGAGUGGUUGGCAUUGAACACACUGCCAUCCGGUUGUGGCGCAGGAUGUUGGGGUGCCGCCGAUAAGGGCAAGCUUACGGGAGGAGGAAGCCUCAGCGGGACGGGUGGUGGUGGUGGUGGCGGAAAUGGUGGAAACCCCCCGAACGGUGGCAGCGUCCCGAUCGUCAAGUAUCUUAACUGUGCCAUACUGAUCAACCCGGACGUGGCCACCUUCUGGAACCUGCGCCGGCAGCUGUUUGCCAAGAAUCGGUUAGACAUUUCCAAAGAGUUUUACUUCUCGGCACUCGUCCUCAGCAAAAAGCCCAAAUCGAACGAAGCGUUUGCGUACCGGCGGUGGUUGUACCUGUUCCAAAGCUACGAUGCCAUCGAUUGGUCGUUCGAGAUUAGUCUGAGCGAGAAGAGUGCGGACAAGAGCACCACCAACUACCACGCGUGGUGCCACCGGCAGUGGGUGCUGAUGAAGGCUCCCCAGCUGCUCAAGUACGAAGUGCACAAAACGGAAAAGUUCAUCCGCAAGCACAUCCACGACUACAGCUGCUACAACCAUCGUCAGUUCGUGCUGGCCAAAAUGUUCGAACUGUGCUACUUCGACGACGAGGAUGACUUCAUCGCCGGUGACGCCGCUAGAGAGGGCCACGACGGCGAACCGGGAGUCCGGAAGCGUCGGUAUGAGGCACUGUGCACGCUAAUCGAAACGCUGACGGGUAACAGCAGUGCCGUUCCGUCGGCCACUCCGAACGAGUCUCCGUUGCACAAUCUGCUCUGCUACCUGUUACCUGCCAUCACCAAAGAACACGAGUUGAACCAGCGGCGCGUGCUUACGUUCCUGUUUUGUGUGAAUCUCGCCGCGUACGAUCUGCGGAUGUGCGAAGAGCUACGGGCACUUUUCAGUCCCUCGCAGGCCCUGGAAAACCAUCGGAAGUUUAUGGUGAAGUUUCUCAUCGAUAAGCUGCGGCUUGCGCCGGGCUGGUUGCUGAAGGCGUCGAACGAAGCGCACGCAUCAAGCCCUGUCUUUCAGCAGCCACUGUCCAAGAUUACUCGCCUGGAUGAGGAUGCCAGUGAGCUGCUGCAGGCACUGAAAACGCAAGAACUGCGCCGGACGGCCAACGAUCCCCGGCACGGGCAGUGGUGUAAAUAUUUUCUAGGAAUCGAAUCGGAGCAAUAGGGAAGGUCGACCUCGUGUUCCUAGUCAGUGUGCUAUUAGCCUUCCUGGAGAAGCUAAGGCUUUCGAGGACGGUCCGACCGAGUGGACCGAGGAUUGUUUAUUUUUUAACUGCUACUAAGUAUGGCCACAGACGGCCAUGGCAUGACACGUGCACCCGCUCGACUUGUUAGGAAUUAGAAAAUUUUACUAUAAAGCAAUCAAUAAAACAAAAUAUUCUUAA